AUGGCAUCGCCUACUGAGAAAGAAGAGAACAUACCUGCUGAUUUUAUUCAUUGUGUAGAAAAAUUACUAUCAUCUAUAUCAACUUUAAGUAAACAUCUAUCUAUAUUAACUAUUCAAAAAGAAACAACAAAAUUAAAUGAACAAGAAUUAACAAAUAAACUUCAAGCUAUCAAAGACGCUAUUAAUAGUCUUGCACCAGCCGUUCAAACAGCAAAGCAACUUGUAUCAAAAUCGUCACUUGUUGAACGUUUAAUAAACGAAUAUUCUUGUUUAUGUAACGAUUAUAAAAAACAUUAUAGUCUUAAAAUGGUUGAUACAAGUUCCUUUGUUGAAUACAAUCAAUAUAUUGAACGUUUGUCUUCAUGGUUAUCAUCAACAAAUGCUAAUAUUCAUGAAGUUUUACAAUCAGUUAAUAAACAACGAGCAUUACUUAUCAUCAAAAACCUUGAUGAAUUAAGUAAAUACAAAUCAUUAUUAGAACGUGCUACAACAUUAAAUCGUACGAUGGCUGCUGAUUUACCAGAUGAACAAGCAACUAAGAUGACAAAUGAAAUAGCCAAUGUUAAAGAACAAUGGAGAAUUCUUACUGAAGGAUUAAAUACACUUAAAGAAAGACACGCAUCACGCUAUGCAUCACCUGAACGAAAUAAGGAGGAAGAUCGUUUAACCAAGCAAAAUGAAAAUCUCGUUCAUUAUAUUGAAAGUUGGCUUACAUUGGCUAGAGAAUUAAUCUAUCAACAAAAGCAAUUGACGAUGAACAAUCACAAUAUGAUUGAUGAUAGAAAAUACUUUCUCGAUUCAAUGAUUUCAUCGGAUAAUGAAAUCAAUGAGCAUAGUCUUCUAUAUCAGCUUAAAGAAUGUGAACAAGAAGUCAAUCGAUUAAAAACUUUACUAGAUGAAAAUCGUCGUACGUUGAAAGGUGAUGAUAUGACAACAAGCGAAGUAACUCGUUCGUUGACUGAUGAAUUGACAGAGAUUGCUAAAUCUGUAACAACAGCACGUAUUCAGUUAGAAAAUCGUAUUGAACAACAACGUGGAUUUCUUCUUGAAUUAGAUUCACUAAUUAAUUGGUUAAAGAAUUUUAUAAAUGAAUCAAAAACAAUUGAUAAUCAAACAAUUGAAUUAGCUUUGAAUGAACGACAACAACAUUUUAAUGAAUUAAUUAAAUGUUGUUAUAUAAAUAAUCAUGAAGUUAAAGAUAAAAUCGAACAUUUAAUUCAAAUGUGGAAUCAAUUAACAUCAAUGAUCACUGAGCCUCCAACAGUAGUGGCUGCACAAUCAUCGACACCACCUCAAUUAUCGUUACCAUUAUUAGUAUCAUCAUCAUUAUCUGAAAAAGAACAACAAUUUAAAUUAGUUGAAGAAGCAAAAGAAUUAUUAAAUACAGCUGUACAAUUAGGUAAUCAUCAAGAAAUUGAACAACUUCAAAAUAAGAUUCAAUCUCUUAUAACAAAUAUUGAUAUAGUCAUUUUUCAUGAUCAAUCUAAAAUUGUUUCUGAUUGGAAAUUAGAUCCACUUGAUUCAGUACGUGAUGAGCUUGCCAAUCGACAAUCGAUACUAAAACAAAUGUUAAUCGAUACAAUACGUAUUGAUCAACUUCGUGUUAAUUUUGUUUCACAUUUUAGUACAGAAAAUAAUACAACAACAGCAAAUAAUGAAAUUAUAGAUAUUAUUGAUAAUUAUCCAAAAGAAAUGACAACUGAAAUACGUCAAUGGUUAAAUGAACAACAAAAAAUUCGUAUAACAGCACCAAUAGCAACUAUGGAUGUAUCAAAAAGUAUUGAUGAUUUUGAUGAAUAUCUUAAACAAAUUGAAGGAAAUAUUAAUUCUUAUAAAGAAAAUGAAAAUAAUGAAUCAAAAUUAAAGAAAAUUCUUCAAUUAAUUGAAGAACGACCUAAUUUACCACAAAAUUUAAAUAAUUAUGAUAAAGAACGUGUUGAAAAUUUACAUCAAAGAUUAUUAUAUGCACAAAAACAAAUUGAAGAUAUUCGAUAUAAAAAUUCGUCAACUAUAAAUACUGAUCAAAUUAUUAAUAAUAUUGAUUUAUUGAUUAAACGUGUAAGAGAUAUUGAAGAACAAAUUCGAAUUAAUGUUAUACAACCAAUUAGUGAUUAUGGAAGACUUAUUCUUGAUUGUCAACGUAUUAUUACCGAACUGGAUCAAAAUCUUCGUCCACAUGUAGAACAAAUGCUCAAUACUGGUAAACGUUUAUAUACAUCAGAUAACAAAGAUAGUAGUGGUAUUGAAAGUGCUGACGAUACUAGAGGUGGAAAAUUUGAAUUAUCAUCAUCACCAUCACCUCCAUUAAAAAAAUAUUCAGAUUUAACAUUACGUAAAGUUCGUCGACAUGUUAUUCAAUUAACACAACGUUGGAAAAAUGCUAAUACUAAUGUACGACAACGCUUAAAAAUUUUACAACGUGCUCAAACGGCGGUCGAAGAACUACGUCGCAAGUGUGAUCAAUUACAUGCACACUUGCUUGAAAUUGAACUUGCUCAUGCUCAUCAACCACAAAUACGAGCAAUAAAUAGUGAACAAGUACCAGCUGAAAUUGAACACACAAAAAAUCUUUUGUCAAGUCUGAUGUCAUGUAAAACAUCUAUUGAUGAAAUUCAACAAUUAGCACAAACAAUUGAAAAUGAAUAUGAUAUACAUACAACAAAUCGAGUACAAGAACUUAGUCAAAGAUGGGAACAUUCAAUACAAUCAAUAUCACAACGUGUACAAUUAUUACAAGAUUCAGUGAAAAUAUCUGAAAAUGAUAUGUAUUCAAAAUCAGUUGAAUAUCCUUGGCAACGUGCUAUAGCUUUUAAUAAAGUACCUUAUUUUAUCAAUCAUUCUGAUCAAAGUACAUCUUGGGAUCAUCCAAAAAUGAUUGAAUUAAUGCGUUCAUUUUCAAAUUUUAAUGAUAUUCGUUUUUCUGCUUAUCGUACAGCAAUGAAACUUCGUACAUUACAAAAACGUCUUUGUCUUGAUUUAACAUCACUUAGUGAUAUUAUAAGUGUUUUUGAAGAACAUCAAACAAUUGAUUUACCAAAUAAAAAUAUUGAUAAAUAUGUUGAUAUAACAGAAAUUCUUUAUUAUUUACAAUCAAUAUUUGAAAAAACAUCUAAUGAAUAUCCACAAUUAAUUAAUAUUAUAGUUACUGUUGAUUUAACACUUAAUUGGUUAUUAAAUAUUUAUGAUACAAAUCGAACUGGCUCAAUUCGUUUAUUAGCAAUGAAAAUGGCAUUAGCUUUACUUUGUCGAGGAAAUAUUGAAGAAAAAUAUCGAUAUAUUUUUUCAUUGGUGGCCUGUCCAUCAACGGAUAAUGAUGUUCGGGAUGUUGUUGACAGACAACGUUUGUCGAUUUUAUUUCAACAAGCAAUUGUUAUCCCAAAACAACUCGGUGAAAUUGCUGCAUUUGGUGGAUCAAGUGUCGAACCAAGUGUAAAAAGUUGUUUUGAUUAUGCACAUAAUCCGAAUGUAUUAACAGCGAAUGAUUUUCUUGAAUGGAUUAAAUUAGAACCACAAUCACUUGUUUGGUUACCUGUUAUGCAUCGUUUAGCAGCAAGUGAAGCAGCUAAACAUGAAGCACGUUGUAGUAUAUGUAAAAUAUAUCCAAUACUUGGUUUUCGUUAUCGUUCAUUAAAACAUUUUAAUUGUGACAUAUGUCAAAGUUGUUUUUUUUCUGGUAAACAAACAAAAUUUUUUAAAAUGGAUGAUCCUUUACAAGAAUAUUAUACUGAAACAACAUCAUCAGAAGAUAUUCGAGAUUUUUUUCGUAUAUUUAAAAAUAAAUUAUGGACUAAACAUCGAAAACAACCUAAACUUGGAUACUUACCAUUACCACAUGUUUUUGAUAAUAAUAUGUCAACAACAUCUCAACCAACAUCUUCUCCUGUAUUAAUUCCAGUUUUAACAACACCAUUCAAAUCUGACAUUGGAAGUGUACAACCGACAGGUUCAACUAUUGAAUCAACUGAUGAACAUGGCAUAAUUGCACAGCAUUGUCGAAAUUUGAACAGUUUUGUACAUGCUUCGCCUCGUGUUGCUGCCCAUGAUAUAUUAACACGAUCUCGUUCACUUGAUAAUGAACAACGUAAUGAAUUAGAAGCUAUAAUUCGUGAUCUUGAAGAUGAAAAUCGUUUAUUACAAAAUGAAUAUGAACGUUUAUGUCAACAACAUAUGGAAAAAUCUUUAAUUAUUAAUGAUCGACAAUAUCAAUUUCAUCAAAGUGAUAGUCAAUUAGGUUCAUUAUCAUUAAUAAAUGAUUAUAAUACAAGUGAUCGUGAAAUGUUACGUGAAGCUAAACAAUUACGUCAUCAUAAAACAAAAUUAGAACAACGUAUGAAAAUACUUGAAGAACAUAAUAAACAACUUGAAAAACAAUUAAGAAAAUCAAAACAAUUAUUAUUUCGAGAAUCACCUUCAUUACAUCAUCAUACAAGUAAUGGUAAUAUGACUGAACAUCGUUCAACAACAAUAUCAAGUCCAUUACAUAGUUCAACAUUAGGUUUAAGACGUUCAAUGGAAAGAAAUUUGGAACGACAAUCAAAUUUAAUAACAAUUGAUAAUCUAUUUCAUAUGGCUGAUGAUAUCAAUCGUGCUGUUGGUGAUCUUGUUUCUGUUAUAACUGAACCACAAACGAAUAAUUCACCAUCUUAUUAUCAACAAAUUGAUAAUACAGUUGCAUCUUAA